GUGGCCAAAGUGAGAGAGAGGAUAGAAACAAGGUUUAGGAUGGAACACAGCUCGCAGGAGCAGUAAUAUCGAUCGAUCUGAGUGGAGUUUGAGGCUCGCGACAGGUCUCGUCUGGGCGCGAAAGAGAGAGAGAAUAUGGGGUAGUAGGAACGCGGGAGUAAGUGAACAGGGUCGUGGAGAGAGAGGCAAAGAGGGUCACAAAUAGAAAAGCUCCCUUAUAAGCAGACAGCCAGAUAGGCCGGCGAGUUGCCCGGGCACGGAUCGCUCCUUCAAUCAAUUUUCCACAUCUGUUUGCCUCUUUUCAUCUCCCGGCUCUUUUUUUUCUCCUUCUUCCUCUCUUCUUUCGCGAUCAUAGACCUGCCAAGAGUGGCCUUGACAUUUAGUGACAGUGCGAGUUUGACCUUGGCAAGAUUCUUUGUCAAGGUUGAUAGAUAGAUCGAUAGUAUCAAUUAUCAGCUGUGACUAUACCGGCAACAUGUCUGUGUUCCAACAUGCUUGAAUGAAAGUAUGAAUGCGCGUGAUUUUAAUUGAUAGAUACAAAACAUUCGAAGAAAUGAAUGCGUAAAACAUCCCCAUUCACUAAAGAACGCUAAUUAGUACAAUUAACAUUGAACUUUAAUGGAUCCGAUUCGGUAGCCAUGAGAAAACGAAGAAACAAUUGAUAUUACUGCAGCGGGAGAUCAUAUCAAUGUAGAAAAUGGAAGAGGCAUCCUCAAGAAUACGUCCUUAUCUGGACUGGGAUAAUGAAGACAAAUACUCAGUGGCCAAUAGUCAAGCGCCUUUGGAAAGCAGUGAGGAUGAUCACCCGGAACGUGGAACCUGGACAGGGAAAUUCGAUUUUUUAUUAUCUCUUCUGGGAUAUAGCGUAGGCCUCGGAAAUGUCUGGAGAUUUCCGUAUCUCUGCUACUCGAACGGUGGCGGUGCUUUUUUAAUUCCGUUCACUGUGAUGCUCGUCAUUGCCGGAUUGCCUCUUAUGUUCAUGGAACUUUCUUUAGGACAAUAUGCCAGUCUUGGACCGGUAGCAGCUUACAAGCAGUUUUGCCCCUUGCUUUGUGGCUUAGGCUACGGAAUGGUUCUUAUUAGUUCCAUUGUGAUGCUGUAUUAUAAUUUAAUCAUCGCCUGGACGCUGUAUUACAUAUUUGCUUCGGUUCUUGGUGGUUGGGAAUUGCCUUGGAGCAAAUGCGAAGAAGAGUGGAGUACUGAGGAUUGUUUUAUGCCAGACGCUGCUGAGGCUUGUGUUUCUCAAAAUGCUACUUAUUUCAAAAGAAAAUGUCUUAAUUCUACUCAAAUGAUGAGUCUGCUUAUCGAGAACGUAACUAGUGUAAUCAAAAGACCGCCAGCUGAGGAAUAUUUUCAGAAUCAUGUAUUGGGAAUUAGUAGCGGGAUUGAGGAAACUGGAUCGAUUCGACCAUUCAUGGCGGCUAGUCUUUUCCUAGCGUGGGUUAUCGUAUUUCUUUGUUUGAGCAAAGGCGUUCAAAGUUCAGGCAAAGUCGUAUAUUUCACCGCUCUUUUCCCAUAUGUCGUUUUAGUCGCCCUUUUUGUUCGUGGAAUUUUACUUCCUGGCGCUAACGAAGGGAUACUUUUCUAUCUGACACCCGAUUGGAAAAGAUUAAUGUCUGCCAAAGUAUGGGGAGAUGCCGCGGUACAGAUUUUUUUCGCUUUGAGUCCGGCCUGGGGAGGUCUGAUCACUUUAAGUUCUUAUAAUAAGUUUACCAACAACUGUUACAAAGAUUCUUUAAUUGUGGCAAUUAGCAACAUCGGGACUUCUUUCUUCGCUGGCCUGGUCAUCUUCUCGGUGAUCGGCUUUCUUGCUCAUGAGCUCGAUGUACCAGUAGCGUCAGUGGUAGAUGAAGGCGCUGGUUUGGCGUUUAUUGUUUAUCCAGAGGUUGUCGCUCGUCUGCCGGUUGCAUCUAUUUGGUCACUGCUGUUCUUUAUCAUGCUACUCACUUUGGGUCUCGAUUCGCAAUUCGCUCUCAUGGAGACUGUUACUACGGCGAUACUUGAUGGCAUUCCAGCAAUGAGAAAUUAUAAGAUUUGGGUCGUUUUAGGAGUUUCAGUAAUCGGCUAUGCCGGUGGCAUCAUUUUUACCACAAACGCCGGCAUGUAUUGGUUACAAUUAAUGGACAAGUACGCUGCCAAUUGGUCCGUUUUGUUGAUUGCUAUAAGCGAAUGCAUUCUCGUGGCAUGGAUAUACGGAGCGGAUCGCUUUCUCAAUGACGUUCAACAGAUGAUCGGACCUCGAGGUCGUUUAUGGAGAUUUUUUUGGACGUGGAUGUGGAAAGUUAUCACACCCGCCGCACUAUUCUUCAUCCUUUGCUUUAAUUGGGUGAAAUACGAACCAGUCAAAUAUGGAACUUAUAUUUAUCCGAAAUGGGCCGAUGUAUUAGGCUGGGUUAUUAGUAUGCUUCCCGUUUUAGUCAUUCUCGGUUUAGCUAUAGAUCAGUUGAAAAAACGGCAUGUGCAAUCAGCUUACGAUGAUGAUGACGAAGAUGAUGAUGAUGACGAUGAGCUCGAUAACAGUGAAUCUUAUGAAAAAUCAAAGAAAAGAAAGGGCAAAAAUAAAAAUAUAUGGGAUUGCAUAAAAAUAUUAUUACAACCAACAUCCAACUGGGGUCCGGCAUCGCGAAAUUCUUUCACACCUUCCAAAACUCUGACACCUUCCUCAGGACCACCGGGAGGAUACGAUUCAGUACGGGAUACGAUUAUUUUGGUGAAUGGUCAACCGAUGAUGGUACAACCGUCUAGCGCCACUACUCAGAAACUUCCCGGACCAUCGAUUCUUAAGAAUUCUAGUAAAACCGAUCUAAUUACCUCGCAGCAGGUAUGAUAUGAUACGUUUGCUUUAUGUACAAUAACAAAAUCUUAAAAUAACUAUGUCGAAGAUACAAUGUGUCCAAUGUAUAAGGUAAGUCUAAAAGUCUUGAAUUGGACAAGUAUUCUCACAUAAUGUUGGCAAUAUCAAUCGCGAUUGGCAAUAUAAGAUAGAUUAUUUUAUUAUUUUUUUAUUUAAUUAUAUUAUUAAUUAUAUUUAUAAAAAUACCUAUAUGUCUUAAAUUGUAAUUUUCCAUAAAUGUGAUUUUCCGUAAAUUGUAAUUUUUGUAUUCUACCAAAAUGAUAUAAUUUUUAUAUUGGAUUUAAUCCUUAUCAAUUGAUUAUUCAAGAAAUAAGUCUUCUAUUAAACGUGUAAAUUUCUAUAAAUUUUUUAUCUUCUGCAAUAAAUUAAGGCUGCAAUACAUUUUUUGCGAUAAUAAGUAAACUGCAAUAUUUCUCACUAAUUAAAUAGUUGACAAUGAUAGCAAAACUUGAAUAUAAAAUUAAUUAAUAAUUUUUGGCCAAAACAUGCUCAAAAAUGCAAGAAUCUAUAUAAAAUUAGUUAGUACAUUAUAAUGAUUUAUUUUAUAAUACAUAGAUCAAUUAUAUUUGGAAAGAUUGAUGAUUAUUUUAUGCAAUAGAGAAAAUUAGAAAUUAUAUGUAUAACUUAUUGCACAUGAAAACAAAUUUACGAUACAUCUAGCAAAUGAAGAGAUGAAAAUAAUAAAGAUAGAAGUAAGCAGUGCAUGAAGAUAAAGAAACCAAGAAGAAAAUUUAAUGUAUAAUAAUCUCUUACAGCAAAGUCGAAAAUCUCCAAUAUUUAUUGGUACGUAUCUUUUUAAUGUGCAAAAGUUUUCAGGGAAUAGAUUAUAGAUAUUUUCGAUAUGUAGUAAAAGAUAAUAACGAGAGAAUAAAGAAGUAAACAAGAAAAUUGUAAGAUGUAUUAUAAUUAGCGAAUUUAUGAAGGAAGCUAAUAGCAUUGACGAGUAUGUAAUAGUGCAAUUAGCAGAAAAGAUUGAAAUUCUUUAUUUUAAUGGAAAAUAUUUUUUGAAUAAUAUUAAAUGAUAAACUAGCAAAAGAUUAUAUAUCUCAACUAUCAUUAUAAUUAAAAAAAACUAUUGAUGCCUUGAGAUAAUUUUUUUUUAAGGGAAAGAUAAUUCCGAAAAUAAUUCCGAAUAAAAAUUUAUAAAUGAAAAGAGUAGUUCCGAAUAAUUUUGCAUAUUUGGAUAUCAAUAUAUCAAUUAUUCAAAGCGUGUCUUGUUCAAAAUAGCUCGUACUAUUAAUCAUCUGAUAUGCGAGAUCCAGAGAUCGGUCUUUCAUUAAUCGAAAAUCAAAUCUCUUUAUUUGUGCAACUAAAAUCAAAAACUAUCACAAAAUUAGAAAUGUAAAGAUUUUAAAGAAUGUGUAACGGAAAUAAAAGUAUAUUUAAAUAAUUUCAUGAUUAAAAACAGUCUAUAUAAUUAUAAUCAAUAUGAAAGCACGUUCAUUUGCAAUAUUAAAUAAUUGUGAAAUUUUCACUUUAAAUUAUAAGUCUGUACAAACACGAAAGUAAAGAAAAAGAACGUGUUUUGAUAAGCAUUUCGAGAAAGCACAUAUAGCCAAUAUGUUAUUCUAUGAAAGUGCCGUUAGAUUUACGAUUGCUUCUCUCCUUGAAUCAAUCUCCCAUUAAACCAGUUAAAUGUUUAAUAAUAUUAAUGUUUCUAGACUACAUGCGAAAGUUACCUGAUAUAUGGUGCGGCCUUCGAUGAUUAUUAAAAGUAUAUAGCUCGCCGUGCAAAAGAAUAAUGAUAAUUAAUAAUGUUAGUCACUGGUUCUCUCUCAUACCGGCCAAGUCAAAUGGUUGACUGUUGUAAUAAUAAGUAGGAUUAAGAGCAAUGACGCAUUGUGAACAGUAACAACGCGGCGAUAAUACAAUAGUAAUAAUAUUAAAUUAUUUUUGGAAAUAAUUUCGAAUCUAAAAAAAAAGAUAAUCUGAGAUAAAUUGCACUUUUUUGUUCUCCAUCAUAAAAUUUUUAUUCUAACAAUUAAAUAAUUUUACAAUAUAAAUUGUAAUAAUUAACUGAAAUGACAGAUUUUUGUUUCGCGUUAUAUUUUUGUGGCGAAUGUUUGAAGAAAUUGUUAUUAUCGCAUGAUGUUACGGUUUUAAUUGUGUCAUUAUGAGCAACCAGUAGAGCGAACAGUACAAAGUAAUGUGUCCUAAUACAUAAUUAUAAAAUAUGAAAAAGGAGCAUCUCUCUCUUUUUUAAGAGAAAUUUCCUUUUUAUAAUAGAAAAAAUAGAGUAGAAAAAGAAGCUUCUACUCAAGAUUACUAUAAUCGAGAAUGUAUUUGCGCAAAGAAAACGCGUUUCUCCGAUUGGCUGAUUCGCGCAAUUAUCUUUAGGAUAAAUAUUUUCUGUAAAAAAAUGAUUCUAUUAUAGAACUGAUAAUAUGAGAGAGAUACUGAUGUUUUAAUGUUAAACAAUUAUACUAAAAAUAGCAUACAAUCAAGACACAUUGAUGCCUAAAAAAAUGUAUACAGGGAAGAGAGUUACAGAGCACAACAAAAUAAAAAUGAUUUUAUUUUGAAGAUAAGCAAGGUUGUAUGUGUUUACAUAUUGUUGGAUAAUAUUAUAUAAUCUUAUGGAAGUAAAAGAAGAAAAAGAAGGGACUGGAUUUGCCCGAUAAAAAUUAACAGUUCAAAAAAGUUAUUACGUGUUAAUAUGUGAAGUAAAGUAUAUAUAAAGAUAUGUAAAUAUCAAAUAAAUACGCGCGUUGUGUUUUAUUAUAUAUAUACAUGUACAUUGUAUUAUAAAAAUUAUAUAUAGCACACCUACACACAAAUAUACAUACACAUGCGUAUGCGUAUAUAUGUAUAAAUUUGUAAUGUGUGAGAUAAAUGUAUAUGAUGCGUGUGUAAUCAUAAUCAAUAAAAUAUUGUUAUCCAUGUGGUAACGAUGCGCUA